AGUUAUUAAAACAUGUGGAACAUUUUCUAAAACGGUAAUAAUAUUAUCACGUUGUGAUGGAGCUAAAUGUCAAAAAAUUCAGUGGAUUCGUGCCAAUGGUUAAGAAAUUGUAGCUGAUGGGAAAAUUUGUUAUUUGUGCGUUUUAUUGAAAACUGAUGAUAUUUGAGACAUUAAAUGCAGUGUUAUAUUACUUAGAUUUUCUUCGGAAGCGGUCUGCAUCGUAAUUUACCAAUCCAAUAGGAUUGGAUGAUUUUACAAUUUUGAAAGAGCGAAGUUUGGCGAUAAGUUCGCGUUCACAAUGAGUUCUCUGCCGCCGGUGGAGCUCGAGGUGGAGGUGGUGGACGACUCCAUGGAGGAAGAUGCCACCGAUAUGAUCCCUGCUGACAGGUUUACAUUGCCGGCGCGAGCUGACGCCGUGGUGGAGCUGUGGCGCGCCAAGUUAGCGGAAGGUGUGCUCUCACCCGCACACUUCCAAGAUCACUGGAGGGUCACCGUGCCAAGGAUAUAUUCGCCGCAACCAAACAGAACAUGUCUCGACUGGUCGUUCGACGAGGAGCUGGCUCAGAAGCUGCUGAUCCAACCGCUGGAGCAGUUUGUGUGGGGCGGCAGCGACGCCUCGCAGGCACCUAUGCCGCGCCGCUCCACACUCUGCGGACGUGUCUUCAAGCAGGGCGAGCCUGCCUACAGCUGCAGGGAGUGUGGUAUGGACAACACUUGUGUGCUGUGCGUGGAGUGCUUCAAGGUGUCAGCUCAUCGGCACCACAAGUACAAGAUGGGUCAGUCCGGUGGUGGCGGCUGCUGUGACUGUGGAGACACCGAGGCCUGGAAACGUGAUCCCUUCUGUGAACUGCAUACUGCUCCAGAGAACGACGAGCAAGAGUCGCAGUCCAGCAUCAGCGCUGACGUGGUGGAGCGCAUGAAGAUCCUCGCAUCCGUCUGCUUCUCCUACUGCUUCCGUCUGCUCACCCUCGACCAUGCUCCCGGUCUGCCUAACGAACUCAGGCUGAAGGAUGGCGAGCGUGACCUGCUGCAGAUCCUGGAUCAGCCGGACUGCUAUUGCACCGUCAUGUACAACGACGAGACACACACCUUCGAACAGGUGAUAGCAACACUGACUCGCGUGCUGAAGGCGAACCACCGCGACGCUGUGGAGCUGGUCAGCCUCAUUGACCGCGAGGGUCGCGCUCUCGUCAAGUGCAACUCCUUCCAGAUAUGUGACAAGCUCAAGACUGAUAUCGAGGCGUUCACGUCACGUCACGGGCCGGUGCUGAAGGUGCUCGUGAUGCACGCACACGUCGUCGCCCACCAGCACUACGCCAUGAAGCUGCUGCACUGGCUUCAGAACUUCGUGUGCAAGGAGCCAUCUCUCCGGCUGGCAGUAAGCCAGGUGGCGCUGGGCGCGGAAGUGGGCGGGGCUGCUGGCGCGGGAGGCGUGGCGGGGGCGGGGGGCGUGGCCGCCGGCGUCAUGCAGAACGACUGCCGCAUGUGGAAGGCGGCGCGCACCGCAUGGCACCGCCUCCUCAUAGCCACCACGCUUAUGGAUUAUGACACCAAGCGAAAUAUGGCGAUAUUAUUCACCAAGUACUACGGGUCUAUGUUAAAGGACUUCAUCCGUGAUGAUCAUGACCACUCUUUCUCCAUCUCCUCGAUGUCUGUGCAGCUGUUCACGACGCCAACUCUCGCCCACCAUCUUAUAGCGAAGCACGAUGCGUUGUUUGUUGUUAUGAAUACCUUCGUUAGUGAGUGUCUCAGGCGAUGCAAUAGCAAGGGUCGUCUGGAAUUUGACCGCAACCAUGUAUCAAUGGCGUUCAAGCGCGCGCAGUUCAUUCUGUACGAUGUUAAGUACCUGCUGGGCUCCGUGCCCACCACCUUUGAUGAUGAUCUGCGCAAGGGCUUCCUGCAUGGACUCUCCCUCAUCAUCUCCCUGCUGGUUAUGAUGCAGGGCAUGGACUCUGUUGUCAGACAGCGUGGUCAGCAUAUGGAAUACGAGCCGGAAUGGGAGUCCGCGUUCAAUCUGCACGUGAAGUUGGCCAACAGCAUUACUCUGGCGCUGGAGUGGUGCGGCGCUGAGCGCGGCCUGCUCGCCUCCGCAUACCGCAUGGCGCUGCGUCGACAUGCAGACACCUGCACACAUGAACCUCACCAGCUCAGAGAGUUGGGCAACCAGAGCGCGUUGGUGAUCCCAUACGACGUAUCAUCGGAGCCUGUGUCGAUCCACCGGCCAUUGUCCCGCUUCAUCGCUGGUCUGCACCUACAUCUUCAGCGACACGGUCUCGCCUACCACAGCAGAGAGUUCGACCGUCACGACAGACCUAAACCCACGCCGGAGGAACUCAUCGAGCCAGUCCUGUGCACGAUGGCGAUGAUAGCGCAAGUGCACGCCGGCAUGUGGCGGCGCAAUGGAUACGCGCUUCUCAACCAGCUCUACUUCUACCAUAACGUGAAAUGCCGCACAGAGAUGUUAGAUCGCGAUGUCGUCAUGCUGCAGAUCGGUGCAUCCCUGAUCGAGAGCAACGAGUUCAUAAUCCACGUGUUGAAUAAGUUCAAUCUGCUGGAGUGGGCGGCGCCGGACUUCGAGCAGCAGAGCGUCGAGUACGACACCCUCAGACAGACCAGCAGCAUGGUCGAGGAGUUCCUCGGUCUGCUCAUCACUGUGGUUGGAUCCCGGUAUGUGCCUGGGGUGGGCGAGGUGACCAACGAGGAUCGCACCAAGAAGGAGAUCAUACAGAUGCUGUGUGUCAAACCCAUGCCACAUUCGGAGCUCAACAGAUCUCUCCCGGAAGACCAGCUGCACGAGACUGGCUUGGAGGCGGUGAUCCAUGAAGUAGCAGACUUUGUGAAGCCGAAGGGCGGCAACAACCGCGGCAUGUACAAACUCAAGCCCCACUUGUAUGAUGAAUAUGAUACGUUCUUCUAUCAUUACACGCGAGAGGAACUGUCCAAGAGUGAGGAGGAGCAGAGGAAUAGAAGGAAAGCUGCUGGGUUGCCGGAGUGCUGCCCGCCGCCGCCGCUGCCGAAGCUGUCGCCAGCGUUCCGUCUGCUGGCCAGCUUGCUGCAGAGUGACGCCGCGCUGCACGUGCUGCGCUGCGUGCUCGAGCGCGCACUCGACCUGCGCGCGCGCGCCUUCUCUGAGACACAAGUACACAAGGCGCUACACCUGAUCGGGUACGCGGUACGUGACGAGGAGAGCGGGCACUAUGAGUUCCUUGCGUUCGCGGAGAGUGCUCAACGCAGCGGCCUGCUCGACCUGCUGCAGAAGCUGUGCUCCUGCGCACGAGUGGAGCCACAUCUGCCACUCGCCAAGUGGCUGCUGGCCAGGCUCAAGACGUUGCUGGGCCAGCAGGAUGAACACGCGGGUGACGGUGAUAAUAUGGACACCGACCAGGGACAAAAGGCCUCCGAGGACUUUGCAGACGUAGAGAAGAACCGUCGCGCCAAGCUGGCUGCAGAGCGUCGCGCUAAACUGAUGGAUCAGAUGAAGGCGCAGAUGAACAAAUUCAUAUCCAACAACGCGGUGCUCUUUGAGGAGACCAAUACUGAGGUGACUGCGGAGGAGCAGGAGCUGCGUCCUCUGUACGCGGGCGCGGCGCUCGGCGUGUGGGGAGGAGGUGUGCCAGACCCGCCGCGUGUCUGCAUCAUGUGCCAGGAGGAGGCUCGUGUGGAACUGAACGUGGAACCAUUGGUGCUAGUGGCGUUCGUGCAACAGUCGACAGUGUUAAGCCGGCUGCGGGGUGUGGUCAGCUGUCCACGUGACGCAUACCUCGCAGCAGGGGUGGGCUCUCAGCCUCAUGUCUCCACUUGCGGACACGCCCUGCACGCGCGCUGCUGGAGGAAGUACGUCGAUGGUGUGAGGGAUAAGGAGAAGAUCAGACCGUACCGGCUGCGUCAACCGGCAGCAUUCGAUGUGGAGAAGCGCGAGUACCUGUGCCCUCUGUGCGAGCGGCUCUGCAACACGUCCCUCCCCCUCGUGCCCUCGCCCUCCCUGCCGCCCGGCUCCCCGCCACCCCUCAGCGAGGAGACCUACAACGACUCUGUUGAACUUAUACUGCGGCUGAGGCAUCAGGUGUCAUCAGAAGCAGUGCACGUGUGCACGGAGUACUGCGAGGACAUUCACUGCGUGGCGCGCGCCCGUAGUGUGGGGGCCACGUCCUCCGAGACGGAGGAGGAGCCCGAGCCGGAGCCCGAGGUGUACUCCUCCACGCACGCGGAGACCAUGCUCUCGCCCGAACUGAUGGCACACUUCUCCGCCACGCCUUCAAGCCAGAACCAGGCUUUCACGCUAGUCGAGGACUUUGUGAGGACGAUGCCGAUAGUGUGCAACUCAAUGGAAACCGGUGGUCUGGUGGCGAUCGCGGCGCUGUACCGCUCCACCGCGUACACGGUCAUGUCUACGAACUCGGUGCUGCAAGCGGAGGGGCGGCCGCUGCUAGGCGAGCUACCCUCGCGCCACCGCGACGCGCUGCAGGCCCUCAUUCGUCUCGCCGCCGCCAUGCCCUCCAUCUGGGAGACCCCCAAGCACGUGUCGCACCACGCGCUCUGCACGCUGCACGCCCUCGCCAAGACCUCCCCCCUCACACACGAGGUGUUCGGUGCCCUCGUCGCCCUCGUCCUCACCGUGCCCUCGCUCUUCUGCAAGCCCGCCGGCCCCGCGCGUCCAACGCACCUCGCAAGACAGAUCGCCCUCGACGCCUUCCGCGCCGAAAUGACCAAGGCCCUCAUCGCGCUCGAUGUCAGCGGUUGCACUAGCCAGCCCAUGGAGGACCAGGAGGAGCACAAAAUCCCCACCGAUCUCGAAAACCUGCUGCCGCUCAUGAAAGAGCUGCGACGUGGCAACCUGCAGAUCGAGGAGCUGAGCGCGCCCGAAGUGUGGGAGAAACUCAAACGGCAGUGCCACACGUUCCUAAGGUGCUGCUGUCUGUUCUUCCACUUCCUGAGCGACAUCAUCCCGCCCACGGAGCUUACGGUGCGCGACGGGGACACGUGGGACGUUAUGUGCGGCUACCUUAAUCUGCCCGCCACCUUCCGCGAGCUGAUGGACACGCCGCUCGCCAGGAAGAAGGCAAUGGAGUGGUCCUCGUACUCGAAUAAAUGGUUCCGCGGCGACCUCAAGCCGGAAGUCGUGUUGGACCCGGGCGAGCCGCCGCGCCUCGUGCCGCUCCCAGACGACUUCUCCGAGCUGAUGAACGUCAUGUCGGAGUUCUCCUGUCCGAACUCGGAGCGCGAGGACAGCAAGUUCCCCACCAUGUGCCUCGUGUGCGGACAGAUCCUCUGCUCGCAGAGCUACUGCUGUCAGAUCGAGGUGUCUGGUAGGGGCGGUGUGACCGAGCACGUGGGUGCGGUGGUGGCGCACGCGGCGCACUGCGGCGCCGGCUCCGGCGUAUUCCUGCGCGUGCGCGACUGCGAGUUGCUGCUGCUCGCCGCAGCAGCGCCAUCACGCGGCGCCAUGCUGCCCGCGCCAUACCUAGAUACCUACGGAGAGACCGACCAGGGUCUGCGUCGCGGCAACCCGCUGCAUCUGUGUCCCGAGCGGUAUGAACGUCUGCGCAUGGUGUGGCUGUCGCAUGGCGUGCACGAGCGCAUCGCACGUGGCCUUGAUGCAAAUGUGAUGGUUGCCAACACCUGGCAGAACAUGUGAGGAGCCGCUUUGCCGCCGCCGCGCCGGCACCCGCACAACCCGCACCACCAGCCCGACAUCGAGCCCGAGUACUAAGUGCCCGGGCCGGACACGUGCCUGCACUGCGGAGCGGAGACACGUGCGACACGUGCGACGCUGCGACGAUAUACCAGAGACAAAUGUGUGCAGUGUAGUGUGUAAUAUCGCAACUAUAAGUCACGUCCGUGUGUAUCAGAGACACGUGCCUCUAGUGUAGUGUUACACGUCGCGACACAAGGCACGUGAAGUAGCCGUGAUGAAGACACGUGCUUUAGUGUUUAUGUGAGUAGUGCAGUGAAUGUGUGAUUGGCGCACAAUAAUACAGACAAACAUAUUGUGUAAUUUGCUGUUUUGAUGUAUUUUAUAGCACAAUACAAUCAGUUUAAUUUAACCAUUUGUCGUAAAAAUGAUAUUAAGAUACCAUAGUAUGGGGAUGUGGCACCAUAUUGGAUAAAUAUUGGUGUAAAUAAUAAACUUGUUUAAAAACGGCCGUAUUUUUAAUUAGCUUAUAAUUCUCAUGAAAAUUUAAACAAUUACAUAGUUUAAAUAUCUACAGUUAACACCUAAUAACAGAUAAGUCUUGCCUUUUUCUCUGAUAAUAAUCUUAUAAGAUUUUACUGCAGAAAUUGCACUAAUUAGCUAGUAUUAAUAUAUUAAAACAUAAUUGUCUAUUUCAUAAUAUCAAAUUCUCUGUAGAUUACAAAUUGUAUUGCAGUUAAAUAUUACAACCAAUUAACACUUUCAAUGCUGACCAAUGACAUUACAACUAGCCAGUUGAGUCCGUGGCAGUGAGUGUGUUAAUCCAUAAAACAUGUCACUUAACCCUUUAAUGCCUUUUAAUGACCGAUAGAAUUAAUUGGUAAUAUAAAUUAAAUAUCUAAUUAACUAACAUACUAUUAGGAUUUAGGGUCCCUAUUUGGCAGUUAGGGGACCUACUUACUGUAAGUUUGUUGUGCCAAACAUUCACAUAAACAUAAAUACAUGUACAGUCAAAGAAUUAACUUUGCGUCCUAUGUGAAUGUACAGGAAAAUCAAGCUAUGACAUUUUUAAGUCCUAAUUGAAUUGUCAAAUGUCAUUUUACUAAACUGUAUCUUAUAUAUAAAAUUCUCUUGUCAUAAUAUUAGUUACCAUACUCCUUUGAAAUGUCUUGACAGAUUUUUUUGAAAUGUUAUAUACAUAUUCUGUAGGACUGUGAAUCGGCUAUCACAACAAAGCCGCGGUUGACGGCAACAAAUAUCUUGACUGUACAUAACAUGUUUUAUGUGAAUGUUUCGGUAAUACGAUCUCAUGGUUAGAAAUGCACAAUAUGUUUAAUGUAUUUACGUACAAUGUUAAAUUUUAAAGUUUGAAGUCAUGAUAGUUUUUGAGUCAAACUAUCAUUAUUUCAACUGAAAAAACAAUCUUUGUUAAUCUGUUUCAAUUGACGCGACUAUGGAUAUAUGUUGUCUCUGUUUUUUCAAAGAGAAAGAAAGGGAUGGCAAUAUUUUAAUACAAAUGUCAGUGUAGCGGAGUUCAAAGAUUAUGAAUUGAGAUUAGGUGACAAGUCACAUCUUGUCAUCUUAGAGACAUGAAAGCUAGUUUCCUAUCCCUGUCCAUCUCUAUUGGGAUAUUAACAGCUUUAUUUAUAUUUUAUUCUAACAGAUGUGUAAGAUAAUGCUUGGUUACUAAUUAUUGUUUUAAGGUUAUGUUAAGCCAAUUGUAAAAUUCGUCAGUUUAUAAUCUCACUGUUCAUGUAAUGCCGGCUAAUUGUGAACUCUAGAACAUGUAUUCUGAUAAAGUUUACAAUUGGUAGCUGAAUUAUAACAUCUCAAGAUGUCGUUAGAUUGUGAUCCUUAUUUUCUUAGUGUUAAGGUCUCGUUUGGAUUCGCGACACUUUUGCAGUAUUAAAAAACUGUAUGCAAAUUUAGCGGAGGCAGCGUUUUAAUAAUAAAGUAUGUUUAGUCUUGAGUUUGGA